AUGAAAUCAUCGAAUCAAUUUAAAAUAAACAUAUUUGAUAAAUUUCAAUUUUGUCAACAAUUCUUAAAAUUUCAAUCAACGAAAAAAAUAAUUAAACGCUGGCAACCAAAAUUAACAUCGCAAGAAAAAUUUCUCUUUGAUCAAGAAGAAAUUUUAUCUGCAUAUCAACAUAUUAUUGCUAACUCGUGCGGAAAAUCUGGUCAUCGACAGCAAAAUUCUCUUCUACCUAUUCAUCGAUUUUGUCGUGAAGGAAUUUAUCCCAAAACAUCAAUUCAACGUCAACAAAUCGCCGACGAUCAAAUACCAUGGACAAUCAAUUUACCAAACUACAAUCCACCGCAUUAUACAAAUUCUUCGCUGCCGAAUACCACAAAUGAAAUAGAUCCAGAAGUCAUUUCAUCGAGAUUUAUGUGGAACACUUUCGAUACAAAUUAUAACAUCGAUCGACGUACAGCAAAUCCUGUUGGUUCUUAUGUCAUUGAUACGAAAGGUUAUCCGUUGAAUCCUCUUGGUCGCACAGGUUUAUGUGGACGAGGAGAAUUAAAACGUUGGGCAGUUAAUUAUCAAACUCAUCUUGUUAUUAUGUGUAGUACGAAUGAAAUCAAAUCGGGAAAAGAAAUAUUUCAAUAUAUAAUGAAAAAAACAAAAAAUGAUGAUUAUUAUCGUUUGCCAUCGACAUCAACAACAGGAGCUAAUAUGAGCGCAAUUGAAAAAACGCUCAAACCAUUUCUUUUGAAUAUCUAUCAAGCAUGGAAUAACUUAGAUAGUAAUAGAAAUGAAAUGAAAAUCAACGAAAUUAUCGAACACUUAACAUUUGUUAGUACUGCUUAUGUCGGUAAGAUUUAUCUAACUGCUAUUGAAGAGAAGUGA